AUGGGCCUCUCUGAAAAGACUGCCGGGCGCGCGGCGCUCUUGAAGAAGCCUUCGGGCGACUACGCCGUGGAUGAACACGAAGAUAAUGAUAGCUUUUCCGAAAAUGCUAUGUCCGGCGUGGGGGGAGGCCUGGGUAGAUACAGUGAGGCAUGUCUGCUUUUGACAUGCUCGGGGUGUCUCGACAAUCGCUUUCCCGAAAAUGCUAUGUCGUCUCUUGUCGGGCCUUUAAGGCAGAGACAAUGAGGCAUCGCGCCUCCCCCAGCAUUCCUGGAUUCGUCCAGGGAUUCAGCUGAGAUGAGCACGAAGACAAUGAUCACUUCUCCGAAAAUGCUAGGCCGGCCUGGCAUUUUCGGGGCCAUGAAGCAUAAAAGAGAACGAUCGCUUCUCCGAAAACGGUUCUCGAUCCCCCCCUCUGGCUUUCGGGCAGAUACAAUGAGGCAUUGCGCCUUCCUCAUAUCCUGAGGCCCGGUUCCCUUCGGGGAUACCAGCGCCCAUGACCGCGGCACUCCUCGCGACCU